AUGGCUAGCGGGAGUUCGGGGAGGUCCACUAGCGAGGCGGCUUCUCCUCCUGCUCCUGCUAGCGGUGCUUGUCACUCGAGCGCCGUCGGGGGCGGCUCGCAGUCACGGAAGAGGCUCGUCUCGGUCUGCGACCACUGCAAGGUGAAGAUGCAGCUGGUGGCCGAUCUGCUGCUGCUGUCUAGUGAGGCGCGACCGGUGUUGUCGGAGGGCUCCACCGCCUCCUCGGGCCCUGGAGGUGAGUCCUUUGAAAAGUGCCGGGACACCAUCAUCGCCCGCACAAAAGGGCUCUCCAUUCUGACUCACGACGUACAAAGUCAACUGAACAUGGGCCGUUUCAGCGAGGCAGGGGACAGUCUGGCGGAGCUGGGCGAGCUGGUUGUCUCGCUGACCGAGUGUUCCGCUCAUGCCGCCUACUUAGCCGCGGUGGCCACUCCAGGGGCACAGCCGGCGCAGCCGGGCUUGGUGGACCGAUACCGAGUGACCCGCUGCCGGCACGAAGUGGAGCAGGGUUGUGGGGUAUUGCGAGCCACCCCUUUGGCGGACAUGACGCCCCAGUUGCUGCUGGAGGUGUCCCAGAGCCUGUCCCGCAAUCUCAAAUUCCUAACGGACGCCUGCGCCUUGGCCAGCGAGAAGUCCCGGGACCGCUUCGCCCGAGAGCAAUUCAAACUGGGCGUCAAGUGCAUGAGCACCAGCGCGUCGGCGCUGCUGGCCUGCGUACGGGAGGUGAAGGCGGCGCCCAGCGAACUGGCCCGCAGCCGCUGCGCGCUCUUCAGCGGGCCCCUGGUGCAGGCGGUGAGCGCCCUGGUGGGCUUCGCCACCGAGCCCCAGUUCCUGGGUCGAGCCGCCUCCGUCAGUCCCGAGGGUAAAGCGGUGCAAACCGCCAUCCUCGGUGGGGCCAUGAGCGUCGUGUCAGCCUGCGUGCUCCUGACCCAAUGCCUCAGGGAUAUAGCCCAGCACCCCGACGGGGGCGCCAAGAUGACAGACCACAGGGAAAGGCUGAGGAAUUCAGCCUGCGCCGUCUCUGACGGCUGCAACCUGCUAUCUCAGGCACUAAGGGAGAGGUCUUCGCCCAGGACUUUACCGCCAGUGAAUUCCAAUUCUGUGAAUUAACCCUAUCCCGAUCGCAGCCCUUUUUCACCCCCUUCGCCAGUUUAUCCCCCUUCUUGCCCUUGGUUGUGUGACUACAGGGAAAACUUCCCUCCCCACCCCAUUUAUACCAAAGAAAUCGCUUAGAUGAGGUUCACCCUCCCACCCUCCCCCCCCCUUCCCUCUACCCCACUUGAAAUUCACAAGAGAAAUACAUUGAAAAGCGUCACCAUAAGUAGAAACAAAGUGAGGGGAAAGUCUAACCUUGGAAAAUUUUAUACAAUUCCUGAGAGUGGGAAAUGGGAGAGCUUUAACCGUGCUGGGUGCGGUUUCUUUUCUUUUUUUUUUUCCUGCCAUCCCCCCCACCCCCACCCCCACCCCUAUUCCCAUCUCUGCAAACCAUGCUUUUGGAAAUUCCCAUCCACAUCUUACUGUUAAAUUGUGCAGGAAGGAGAUUAUAGAUUUUUUUUUGUCCUUUUUGUUGUUGUUGUUCUAAAGGUUACCUCAGUUUCACACAUUAGACAUGGAUGUAGCUACCUUUUUGUAUGUGUUUUUUUUUUAAUUGAAUGUUGGGUUAGAAGUACACUUAGUGUGGAAAGAGUGAAGGUUAUGAGUUUUUUGCUACGUGAUUUGCGAAUUGGGGGGAAAGCUACUGUGAGUGUGUUUUCAAAAAUUUACACUAUAACAAAAGUGAUUUUUUUUCCCAAUGUCAGUUUUUAUCUUGCAUGUACUGGAGUAUUUAUUUCAUCUAUUAAAAUGUUAUGUUUCUCAGA